AUGACUACAAUACUCCCAUAUCCUACUCCUGCUGCUACACCACCACACGAUUCUCCAUUCCAACCCACAGUCCUCGUUUCUUCUAGAGCAGUUAUCUUUGACGAGAAAGAUAAUCUCAUCAUCUCACCUGCAACUAUCACAAUCUCGCCCUUGACCGGCAAGAUCAUAUCAAUUCUACCUACCGUUCUCCCACCCUCAAGUUUUCCACCAAACACAAUCUAUGUCGACCACACUCCACAUUUGAUUCUUCCGGGCUUAGUCGACGCACACGUACAUCUGAACGAGCCGGGUCGGACAGAAUGGGAAGGUUUCAAUACUGGUACGAAAGCUGCUGCAUCAGGUGGUGUCACAACAGUCAUUGAUAUGCCUUUGAAUGCUAUUCCACCAACUACAACAUUGAAUGGACUACAAGAAAAGAUCAAGGCUGCUCAAGGACAAUGCUGGGUCGAUGUUGGAUUUUAUGGCGGAAUCAUACCUGGCAACGCCAAUGAAUUGCUUCCGCUUGUUGAGGCAGGAGUCAGGGGGUUCAAGGGCUUCCUUAUAGAGAGUGGUGUCGACGAAUUUCCAGCCGUUUCUUCAUCCGAUGUAGCCCUCGUACUCAAGACGCUCAAAGACACUUCCACAACUCUCAUGUUUCACGCGGAAAUGAUUCCACCAAUAACAGCCUCCGUCGGUGAUAAAGUCCAAGUAUCCCUUCCACCACUCGAACCAUCCGGUCCGUUAACAACAUACGACACAUUCCUAUCUUCCCGUCCUCCAUCCUUCGAGACCUACGCCAUUGAUCAAAUUCUCUCCCUUGCCCCCCUCGCUCCCUCUCUCCACCUCCACAUCGUCCACCUCUCCGCCAUCGAAGCCAUCCCCCUUCUCCGCGCGGCCCGCUCCUCCGGCAUAAACAUCACCGCCGAAACCUGUUUCCACUACCUCGCACUCGCAUCCGAAGAUGUUUCCGAAGGCGACACCCGCCACAAAUGCUGUCCACCCAUCCGCUCCUCCGCCAACCGCGAAGGUCUCUGGGCCGAAUUAUCUCACCCAGAAUCCGUCAUCAAAACCAUCGUUAGCGAUCACAGCCCCUGUACCCCAGAACUCAAACUCCUCCCCGAACAUUUAUCCCACGGUUGUGGAGCCAUGCGCGACGAUGCUAAAGGCGUAAACGGCAACUUAUUGAUAGAAGAAGAAGCCAAGGAAAAAGGUGAUUUCUUCGCCUCCUGGGGCGGUAUCUCGUCAGUUGGUCUCGGUCUCCCUAUCCUCUGGACAGCAGCUACAUCCCCUUCCCGCGCCUCCUCUCCAAACCCAAUUGGUAUUCUCGACAUCGUCAAACUAUGCGCUAUGAAUACGGCUCAACAAGUAGGACUUCAACAUCGCAAGGGAGCACUAAGACCGGGUAUGGACGCGGAUCUUUGUAUCUUUGAAGAUGAGCAUGAGUGGGUUGUAGGCAGGGAGGAACUGCUUUUUAGAAAUAAAAUUAGUCCGUAUACGGGGAAGAUGAUGAAGGGGAGGGUGGGGGAGACGUGGGUUAGAGGGUGUAAGGUUUAUGAAAGGGGGGUGGGGGAGAUGAAUGGAAUGGUGGUGAGGAAGGAGGGGCCGGUGGGGAGAUUACUUUUGGAAAGGAGGGUUUAG